AUGAAUCGAUUUGCCGUGGACGCAGACAGUGAUGGGGGCUGGGUCAGUAGGACCUUUGAUGGCAAGCGUGCAAAAGAUAAGGAAUUGAGAGAAUGGGUGUUUGGCUAUGGGGGUCUUCUUGAGAUGUUGACAGUUGGAACAUGGGAUAAAGUGCUGAGAUACUCAACACCAUUAUUUCAAAUGGCAGAAGGGUUUUGCUCUCUUUUGGUCAUCCAGGCAGCUGGUCAAAUCACAAGAUACCUUGUAAAUCGCAGAAGUGAUACAUGGAUGAUUGGGCUACUUGUGCUAUCAGCAUCAAUUAUUUCAAGCGCUGUCUAUUUCUUGCUCCGCAUUACCGGAUUUCCACAGAUCAGCAACGUCGAUGCUACACUUAUAGGCAUUACUAUGACUUGUGCAGUCUUUCUGUGUGCAUGGGGUAUUGGAAGUGGUAGAGGAAAUCCAGUGGAAAGCUCCCUACUGUUCGCUUAUUGCACACUUUGCAUAUACCAAAUAUUCACAGACUACCUUCCAUCGGUCACGGAUGAGAUCCCUCAAGCGCCGGUGCAACCAGACUUUCCACCAUUUCCUCCUAUCAUCAUGGCUUCGUACUCGACUCUUUUGCAUGUUUUGUCAACAUUGCCAUCUUUUGUACAUUCGAGCUUCUACUUCCUUUACGCAGCUUUCCAGACCAUCACUCCAUCUAUUCUUAUAUCUCUCGCGUUCCGAGUGUUUGUAUUCUAUGCAGCGACCCGGAUAAUACCAGCAAUCCGUGAGUCUGGUGCUGGAGCUCUAUCUCAUGAUCCAGGUCUUGACGACAAUGACGGAGAGGGCAAAAUCUUAGGGCUACUUAGCUGGUUUAGCCCCUCAAUUUUGAUAGCUGUUUAUACUAGCUUGCUAAUGCAACAUUUCUCUUCUGUCACUUCCGAGGGAAAUAUGGGCGAAUGGUGGAUGAUGCAAGGUGGUAAUACUGGUGGCAAUAUCUGGCGAUGGAUUAAUGUGUCAGCAACCAUGGCUCUUUAUGCAUUGGAGCUCUACUUGGCCAAGGAAGAUAUGGACGGAUCCCUUACUGGGCAUUGGAAAAUUGAUUGA